ACAGUAAGGGUGUGUUUGUGUCCAUCUGAAUACCUUUUGUGUAAAUCCAGGUGAACUGAUUAGGUAAAGUGACAGGCUGAUCAAGCAGGAAACACAGAAGAAAAGGGAGAGCAACGUGAAGCUGAGGUUACAGAGAAGGCGGUCAGGAUGCUCGUCACCGCAGGGCCUUUGGGCGAGCGGGGCUGGAUUCAGUUAGGUGUCUCUACCAUGGAGAAAGUAAUACGAUGAAAAUGGAAAUGCCACAACCUGCAGUCUAUCUAGCGCAACCAGCUGCACACACUGACACUGAAUAAUAACAGAGAUGAUGUAUUUUAACCCAUAAAUCUGGCACUACCAGUUGAGCCAGACUCUGCCAGCCGAGGGUUUAGACACCUGGAAGCUCCUUGUUUGUAAGAAAAUGAAAAUACGUAUUAAAACCUUUCCACCCAGCAACAAGACUGAGACCUUUGAGCACCGAGCUCAGAACAGGAUUGCCAUCGUGUCUGCACACUUCUGCUCCUCUUUGAUAUUUCUCUGCUGUCGUCUACGUGGGCGCAUCAGAAGCUUUGAUAAAUAUUUUGUAUGUUUGAUAAGAGCGGGAGAAAAGCUCCCCUUUGUCUUUAUUGUCUUUGGAAAACUGACAGAUUAAUCUAAAAAAAAAACCUUCAUUCUUUUCUUUAUCCGAGCACAAAUGUCUCAAUGUGAUUUGUUGUUUCCCCGCUCCACAUCGCUGGUGCAUCCUUGUUUUUGUUUUUCUUGUGUUUUGAACAUAGUGUGCUUGUGUGUGUGUGUGUGUGUGUGUGUGUGUGUGUGCAGGAUCGUGUCUUAUGAAUAUGAAUACUGGGGAGGAAUCUUCAAAAGUAAAACAUUUUUCACAGCCAGUCAAAGUGUUGCAUCAUACACGAUCUACUCCCCUAAAACGAGCAUCGCCAACGUGAGAUUUUGUUCGCCUCAGGCUUCCGUCGAUGUGGGUGAUGCUUGUUGAGAUUUCGGCUCCGGCUUUGACGGCAGGUUUAAUCAACUUCGAGGCCCCUCCGCUUUAAAUCCUCACACGUUAUUUGGUUGUUUGUAUGUUUCAUGGCACAUAAAAACCCAGAGAUUACAGAUCCCUUUUUUUUCUUACUUCCGUGGAUUCUUCUAAGUUUGUGUAUCCACGUGUGUGUGUGUGUGUGCGUGCACAUAUUUGCACAGGCAUGCGUGUCAGGAGCGCUCAUUAAAACUGUAUGGGAGCUGAUGCUGUACUCCUGCUCCACUGCUCCCGUUUCCAGCACAGUUCUCCACAUCUUGCCAGGGGAGCACCUGCGCACCUGUCCCCAGGGCUACACCUGCUGCACCAGCGGCAUGGAGGACGAACUGGCCACGCUGAGCCGCAGGGAGAUGGAGGGGCUGCUCAGAGACGCCGGCCGGUCCUUACAGAACUCCCUCACCGGACAGUACAAGGCCUUCGACGGUUACUUCCUGGAGCUGCUCAACCGCUCAGAUAUCAGUCUACAGGAGACUUUCACCCAAACGUACGGCCUCCUCUACUCCCAGAACUGGCAGGUCUUCUCCGACCUUUACACGGAUCUGAGGCACUACUACCGAGGCUCCAACGUCAACCUGGAGGAGGUGCUCAACGAGUUCUGGUCCAGGCUGCUGGAGAAGCUCUUCCAACAUGCGAACAAGCAAUACGCCCCUGCAGGUGAGGACUACUUGGACUGCGUGUCCAAGCAGAUGGAGACACUACGGCCCUUCGGAGACAUACCCCGUAUUAUGAAGAUGAUUGUGACGCGCACGUUUGUCGCGGCGCGUUCCUUCGUUCAGGGGCUGGUGGUCAGCGGGGAGGUGGUGCGCAAGGUGUCCCAGGUGCAGCUGAGCCAGGAGUGCACGCGGGCCAUGAUGAGGCUGACUUACUGUCCCCACUGCCGCGGCAUGGCCUCCGCCAGGCCCUGUGCCAACUACUGCAGCAACGUCAUGAAGGGCUGUCUGGCCAACCAGGCUGACCUCAACACCGAGUGGAGGCAUCUGGCAGAAACAAUGAUACAGGUGGCCGAUCGCUUUGAUGGACCAUCUGGUGUGGACAGCGUGAUCCUCACCCUCCCAAAUCGCAUAUCAGAGGCCAUGCAAACCAUGAAUGAUAAUAUUGAGUCCAUCAACAGCAAGCUGUUCCAGUCGUGCGGCUCCCUCAGCGCCAGAGACACCAGCAGCACAGGGGUCGACGACUCCAUGAAGAGAGGGAAGGUUGUCGUGGAGGACAAGUUGGUGUCCGGCUCCAGCAAGAUGGACAAACUGGUGACAGAUGUAACCAUGAGACUGAGGGAUAUGCAGCCAUACUGGGUUUCCCUCCCGAGCAUUCUGUGCAGCGACAGAGUGGCCACUGGGACGGGAGCUGAGGACAAGUGUUGGAACGGCAUGAGCCGGGCCAGGUACCUUCCAGAGGUGAUGGGUGACGGCCUGGCCAGUCAGAUCAACAACCCCGAGGUGGAAAUCGACAUCACCAAGCCAGACAUGACAAUACGCCAACAGAUAAUGCAGCUGAAGAUCAUGACGCACCGCUUGAAGAACGCUCUCAACGGCCAGGAUGUGGACUUUCAAGACACCAGUGAUGAUGUCAGCGGUUCAGGGAGCGGCAAUUGCGUUGACGAAAUGUGUUACCGGGGCCCACGCCUCGUCGUCCCAGCCACACAGCCACCCAUUAUCUACCAGUACCCUCCAGAAAACAAGAAGGUGAAAGCCUCGGCCAGCCAGAACCUCCCAGGCAUCAGCAUUUACAUGCUUUCACUGAUCACUUUGCUGCUGCGGCGAUAAUUGACGGGGGGAAUCCACCAACUGGGACUGAGUUUGGGACACAGGGGUUGGGGAGACUCUGAAAAAAAAAGGGGGGAGAAAGGAGAAGCUGGGGGUUAGUUACUUUGCCAAAACUUAACAAGUAUAAGGAAACAACAGAGAAAAAAGAAAAUAAUUCACUUGGAUGGACUUCCUUUUGGUUUUUUGGAUUAGAACAAAAAAUGGAAUUUCGAGUAUUCAUAAAUGUUUCAGUUCUGCUCUUUUUCCUUUUGUUUCUUUGCUAUAUUACGACACCAUUAGAGCUGGUCUUCUUUGCAUCUUCUAAUGUUUUGUUUUCUGGUGUUUGGGUUCUCUGAGAUUAUAUCUGUACCUAAGACAUGUGUGAGACUAUAUUGUUAACAGUAUGUUGGUGUUGACGCCACGGGGAGAGGGAGAGCGGGGCUUUGAAGAGGUGCUCAGAUACAUAUAUUUGAUAUUCCACUCCUUUAAAAAGAAAAAGAGAGAAAAAAAAGCACUUCUGUUCGGUAGAAUUAUUUAUUUAUUAACAACUCAAACAAAACAAAAAAAAAAAACCCAGAGUGGUUUAAUAACUCGCAGAUAUUUAUAGAGAUAGAAACCUAAAUGAAAUAAAAUAUUGAUGACUUUAAAAAGGAGGAUAAUCUGGACAUGGCGACCCACUGGGCCUCUUAACGCAUUAAGCCCCACAGUAUCGCUCCAUGUGGCGAGGAUGAGAGCACUCCGCAUCAGCACUUUUUUGCCAUUUCAUCAUGUAAGCUGUAAUAAUAACCGUGAUCGCAUUCGCACCGACAUGAUCGUCUAAUGUGGGAGUAACGUGACCCGUCCGCCACUCCAUCCUCUCAUCCCUACCCCCUACUCCCUACCCCCUACCCCCGCUGAGGCAGAUCUCCCUCUCUCUCCAGACCCCGCUGGCUGUGUAGGAUCAACCCCGAGAGGUCUGGUGUAAGCAAAACACAUGCUGGGCCUGGGCACAGGUCUCAGAUGACAGCAGCCUCCCACUAUAGAGCGCUGUAUGUGGAACCGGGGGCGGUGGUGGGCGGUGGGGUGUCGGUUUUAAAGAUCGCACUUGCAGCAAAGGAUCGACAGUUCAUGACUUUUGAAAAACGGUGUAGCAGAACAGAAAUGUACACAGAGGCAGAACCACUGCUGUCAUGUAGCGCUUUUUCUUUUUUUUCCCCCUCCAGUAUUCUUUUUUUUCUGUGUUCACAGCAGAAGUGUAAUAUGCAUAAUUUUGUGUGCUCCCUGCGAAGGAUCAGUGCUCCUGUGAUUAGCAUCAUAAUUGCAACUACCAAUGUCGUUGAUUUUUCUGUCUAACUGCAGCAGUGAUCGCAGUGAAAAGCCACGCCGUGCACGUCUUUGAAUUGUACUGCUACUUGUAUGGCGGACACAGCAGUGUACAUACUUUUGAUUGCUUCUUUGUUGUUUUCUAAAACAAAACAAAAAAAAAAGAAAAAUAGCCAAUUAGGUAUCAAACAUUUGGGGACGGCCUGAAAACUGUAUGCUUUAACUCGUUUGUCACAGUGUAUCCAUACCUGCCUUCCGUUUUUUUAUUUUUUUUUUAUUCUGCAACUCUUCUAUAUCAGUGCCUCUUUUCUUCCCACCCCCUCACACCUUCUCCUCGCUCAUCAGUUAUGACGACCUUUAAAAGCGUUCGUCAUGCUUCUACAUGACGGCGAGGCAAUAUGACAAUGACACGGUGCUUCAUUACGUGUCAACCUUACUGGGAAUGUUGUGGGAACACGGCGAAAAAAAUAAAUAAAUAAAAAAGGCUUUUACCUGAUGAGAAGCUUGCUGGGGAGGAAACACAUACUGCAUUUUUUUUUUUUUUUAUUUCAAAGAAAACGUCAAAGCUCUCAUUUAAGAACGCCGUGUGCAGGAUGAUGGGACGACGCUUGCGUGUGCGUGUGAAUGUGAAUGCGUGUGCUAGUCUUUGGGUCGGUAGAGCAAAUGAGGGAUUGGACGACAGAGCCUUUAUAAAUCUUGUUUGGAUGGCACCGAAAUGAAAUAUGUAUUGAAAUGUAUUGGAAGUAAUUGCAUGACAGAGUGCUAUUCAACUGACAGCAAUGGGAGAUUAAUGUAGCUGGUUUGUCCCCAGAAAAAAAAAAAAAAGAAGAAAAAGAAAAUAAAUGGAAUUUCAACCUACGGCUGUAAUAACUCCCGGUCUGUGCUGAUGGUGUCUGUGCUCAUCAGUACUGAGCCUGUAGAUGACAGACAGGUUUAAGGUGGAGUACAGAAAUGGACAGUUGCACAUUGGGACAAUCUGUCGUAGUUCAUUUUAUGACAGUUGAUGACAGUGUAGUAGUUGGGGGGGGCCUUCGUCGAAGUUUGAGAAGCACAUCUGUUCGAUACGUAAUGACUGCUCUCAGAACGGUUGUUGUCACAGAUGUCACCUGACACCUUAUUUGAAAUGGUACUUCCUUUACUUUUUUUUCUACAUGCUUUAUUAACGGAUGAAUGUUUGCUGUGCGUCCGUGCAUUUGUUUUUCCUGUUAGUCCCUCCCCCCGGUUAAGAAAAUCUGCCUGUGACUGCCUUUGACACUUUGUCUCGUGAUGGGGGAUCGAUUGUGAGAUAUAAAAAAGUUAAAAAGUUAUCCGAUGCGCAUUUUGAACGAAUUGAAUAUACACUUUGAAACAAGAACAAUUAGCAAGAGCGCCGCGUGGUUCUCUCGUUUUUUUUGUUGGUAAAAUCUGAACAUGAAUGUGAACGUGCACAUUAAGCCCCUGUGGAAUAAAAGCAAAAGAGAAAUGACUCCAACUGUGACGGUGACAUUCCAAUUCAAAGACGACUUGUAACUCAUGACUUUCAGUUUCAAUGACUGCCUCACAAUGUCAUCGGCUGGAAUUUGCACAACCCCUCACCCCUUCUCUCCUCCCUCACCUUUUUUGAUCUCAUUAAUUUGUUGCUCAAAGUACCCCUCCCUUUUAUAAAAAAAAAAACCCUGCACUUUUAUGAGGCCAAUAAAUGGCGUCGUCUGCACAAAGACAUCACAAGAUGGUCGAUCGAUACGUGAGUCAACACCUUCCAGAAGCGACUAUUGAUUGGGGAUGUGUGUAUGCAGAUAGACAUGGCCCAGCAAGAUGUCUCCUGUUCAACUAUGGGGAAACAGUGUAAACACAAAGCCCCUGUGUGUGUGUGUGUGUGUGGGUGCGUGCGAGAGAGAGGCGGCGGGAGAAAGGUUUUGUCCGGAACGCUGAUCUCAGAUCAGUUCGAGCGCCUCGUACCUGCCCUCAUUCAUUAGGUGGCAAAAAAUGCAAAGCUGAUUAUCCCACCGUUUAAAGACGGCUUUAUUCUACACUGAGUUGAAUAUGAGAGGAAUCUCUUAAAGGUGCCAAUUUAUGAGGAAAUAAAAAAAAGUACUUUUAAUUUUUUUUUUCUUGUUUUUAUUUACUUGGAUUUGUUGUUAUCAGAAAAUCUAUGGAGAGUUUGUGCUUAUGGUAAAGAUAGAUGCCAGAAAGAGGAUGAAAAAUACAAAUGUCUCAUUUGCUGUUGUACCUGAAAUCUUGUGUCAAUUAUAUACAUUGUAAGAUUUUCAA